AUGAAAUGUGAGAAAAUAAAGAUUUGGGGGGGUAAAGCCUUGAGACAGCCAGUUUUUCAAGCCAGGAAGUCGCAGGUGAGUGUUGGGGGAGGAAACUGCAAAUUCAAGCACCCGGUGUGCCCAGGGAUGGGGGUUUUUUUUAACGUGUCCAGGGUCAUCUUUCCCCUCCGGCCGGGGUUUGGGGGAGGCUGGGAGACCCAGGGCUGGCAGGGAGGAGGCAGGUGCUGCAGGCAGGGGAGGAGCACGGCUCACCUGGGUGCAGGUGCGGCAGCGGGAUCACCGGGGCAGUCAGAGGAGGUUGUCAGGAUGGCGAACUUCAAGGGUCACGCGCUUCCAGGCAGUUUCUUCCUGCUCUUUGGGCUCUGGUGGUCUGUGAAAUACCCGCUGCAAUACCUCAGCCAGAAAGUAAAUAGGAAAUCCCACAGGAUUUAUUGUUUCCGGCGUGUGGAUGCCAUCGAAGGGGGAAUCAAAAUCAUCUUUGCUCUAAUAGGGAUGCUGGCAGAGCAGUUCGUCCCGGAUGGUCCACACUUGUACCUCUACAGCGGGGAGAAACGCGACUGGGUGAAGCUGAUGAACUGGCAGCACACCACCAUGUACCUCUUCUACGGCCUCUCCGGGGUGGUGGACGUCUUCACCUACAUCUCCCAGGUGGUGCCGCCGGGUCUGGAUCGCCUCAUGCUGUCCGUGGCUGUGUUUGUUGAAGGUUGUCUCUUUUAUUACCACGUCCUUCACCGUCCCAUGCUGGAUCAGCAUAUCCACUCCCUGCUCCUCAUCGCCAUCUUUUCAGGGGCCUGCAGCACCAUGCUGGAGGUCUUCCUCCGCGACAACAUUGUCCUGGAGAUGUUCAGAGCCGGUGUCACCAUCGUCCAGGGAACGUGGUUCUGGCAGAUCGGGGUCGUGCUGUUCCAGCCGUGGGGAGGUCCGAUGUGGGAUGAGAAGGACCACAGCAACAUCAUGUUCCUCACCAUGUGCUUCUUCUGGCACUGGGCAGCCGCUGUGACCGUCCUGGUUAUAAACUACACUCUCGCUUACUGCUGCAUCCAGAGGUGCAGGAGAGGCAGCGGAGAGCCCUACAUCGGGCUCGGAGUCCGGCAGCAAAAGUGUGACACGAGCUCCCAAGCCGCCUUCUUAAAUGGAUCUGAUGAAGAGUGA